CUGGCGCGUGCGCAAGCCAGAUCAGGUCCGGCGGCCGGUGGGGUCGGCGCUGGUUGGUGUCAUUCGGGCCGCGGUCAAGGCCAAGGCCAAGGCCAUGGCUCUGCGACAGGCGCUGGGCAGGGGCCUGCAGCUCGGCCGGGCGCUGCUCCUGCGCUUCUCGGCCAAACCGGGCCCGCCAGGAGGCCUAGGACGCGCGGAGCGACCCGGGCCGGGCUGGGGCCUCGGGAUCCGAGGGGCUGCGGCGCCCCGGCCGGGGCCAGAGCUGGGACUGGGCCUUCCCAGUCGUUACCGCUUCUUCCGGGAGUCGGUGGCCGGGCUGGCGGCCCGCCUGCAGCGUCAGCUGGUGCUGCGGGCCCGGGGCGCCGGGCCUCCCUGCGGCCGCGCUGUCUUCCUGGCCUUCGGCCUGGGGCUGGGGCUCGUCGAGGAGAAGCAGGCGGAGGGGCAGCGGGCGGCCUCGGCCUGCCGCGACAUCCAGGAAAUUUUUACCCAGAAAAAUAAGCUGCUUCCUGACCCUCUGGCAAAUAGGCGUUGGCAGGGCUUCCGGCUAGAGGAGUACCUCAUCGGACAGUCCAUUGGCAAGGGGUGCAGUGCUGCAGUGUAUGAAGCCACCAUGCCCACCUGGCUGCCCGAGCAGGAGGGCCCCAGGGAUGGGCUUCUCUUGGCACAGGAUCCAGUCAUCGCCCCACAGGCAGAAAACAAGAAGAGUGCUCAGCACACGGCCACGGCCUUUCCCUUAGCCAUCAAGAUGAUGUGGAACAUCUCAGCAGGUUCCUCCAGUGAAGCCAUCUUGAGCACCAUGAGCCAGGAGCUGGUCCCAGCCAGCCGCAUGGCCCUGUCUGGGAAGUAUGGGGCCGGCAUUAUCAGGAAACAUGAGAGAAGUUCCAAGCAGCUGGCCCCACACCCCAACAUUAUCCGGGUGCUCCGGGCCUUCACCUCAUCUGUGCCCCUCCUGCCUGGGGCCCUGGUGGACUACCCUGAUGUCCUGCCUCCGAAGCUCUACCCCUCAGGCCUGGGGCACGGGCGAACACUAUUCCUUGUUAUGAAGAACUACCCCUGUACCCUGCGCCAAUACCUGCAGCAAUGCCCUCCCAGCCCCCGCCUUGCACCAUGAUGACUCCUGCAGCUGUUGGAAGGGGUGGAUCACCUGGUUCAGCAGGGCAUCGCACACAGGGACUUAAAGUCGGACAACAUCCUCGUGGAGCUGGCUGCCCCUGCGUGGGUCAUAACAGAUUUCGGUUGCUGUCUGGCUGACGAGAGCAUUGGCCUACGCUUGCCUUUCACCAGCUGGUAUGUGGACCGUGGAGGAAAUAGCUGCUUGAUGGCUCCCGAGGUGUCCACAGCCAGUCCUGGGCCUGGAGUAGUGAUCGACUACAGCAAAGCUGAUGCCUGGGCAGUGGGAGCAAUUGCCUACGAGAUCUUUGGACUCCCCAAUCCCUUCUAUGGACGUGGUGGGACCCAGCUGGAAAGCCGAAGUUACCAGGAGUCUCAGCUCCCUUCAUUGCCGGAGACCGUGCCCUCGGACGUACAGCAGCUGGUAAAGGCACUGCUCCAGCGAGAUGCUAGCAAGAGACCAUCUGCUAGAGUAGCAGCAAAUGUGCUUCACUUAAGCCUCUGGGGGGAAAGUAUCUUGGCCAUGAAGAGUCUGAAAUCAGACAAGAUGAUUGGCUGGCUCCUUUACCAAUCAGCUGCCACUCUGCUGACUGAUCGGUUGGUAGAGGGGAACAGCAUAGAAACCAAAAUGAAGAUGUGCUUCUUGGCUAACCUGGAGUACGAAGCCCUCUGCCAGGCUGCAUUCCUGCUCUGUUCCUGGAGGGCAGCCCCGUGAUGGUCCCAUGUCACCUGAGCUUUACUAAAAGCACUUAGCAGCA